CUUGUGUCCCAUAGUCUUUUUCAUAAGCGUCCUUCCUCCCCCCUUUCCUUUUUUCUUUUCUUUUCUCCCUUCUUCUCCCCGGCCCCUCCACCUCCCCACCCGCUCAUUUGGCUUCUGGGUAUUGAUGAUGUCUCUCAACGGUUCGAGAGGUGAAAAUAUUUUCUAGUUCCAGACUUUCUCUAAUUUACCUGCUUUUUUGCUAUCAGUGGUGGUUUACCAAGCACUAAACUCAGAUUUAUUCUUUUCUCCCCUGCUCUCUAUCUUCGGUGACCUCAGCAGUAGUAGACCCUCGAAAGUCUGUGUUCCGUGGAAGAGAGAUUGGGUAGCUCUAGGGUACGAGAGUAUUUCUACUGGACAAGAGACUCCAAAAAUAGAAGAAUCUGAGAUUUGAGCAAAGAAAAAGUCAACUGGGAUUCUGUGGUGCUGAAGGAUGGUGCUGUAGGAAGGAUUCUUUUCAAGGGGCGUCAAAACCUGGGGUCAUAAGCGCUUAGAUCUGAAAGGGACUUUAGAGCCUAACCAGUUAUUUUAAGAAGAUACUGCUGGGUAGAAAUUUCAAAUAUGGGGGGGAAAAGAAAGAGCCCAAAUUUAAGGCAGCAGAGGAUGAGACUUUUGGAGAUUCAGGAGGGUUGAGGUUUUCCUUUGACCACGCGGAAACAAGAAAUCUCCUCCCUACCUCUUGUCACCAAGUGCCAAAAAUACUGAGAACACUGGAACUAGGGAGGGGGAGAGAAGGAGGAUCUGAAACUGGGUAGCAAAAACAAAGGGGCUUGGGGAAGAGGCAAUAUUCAAGAACUGCAGCACGUUGGUCUUUGGAAGACAUCUCGUGGGGAAUGAACUCUGGACCAGACUACUGACUUGCCCCCUAAGAGACAAAGUCACCCUAAAACUGUUGGUCUAAGGCUUUUUUUUUUUUUUUUUUUAAAGCAUGCUACGGGUCUGAAGAGAAAACCAAACAAAUAAACAGUUCUUGGAAAGUGAAUACUACCAUGGGCAGCGCCAGGAAUCGCGGUUCAGACCGAUAUUAGCAUAAGGCAUCGGACCAUACCCUCACGUUGUAAAAACAAGUCCUUUUUCAUCACUGGGCUGCCUACCCUUUCCAUCAGUUAUCUCCCGCCCCACUCCUUUCCUGUUACCACAGCAGUUUGGAAAGAACCUGAUUGGGCCACUUUUCCUUAAGGACCUUGCCAGCCAUGGCAAGUCAAGGCUGCAGCUGCUGUUGGACUUCUGGGCACCUGAACCUGGACAAUGUUAGAUUCUUGAUACUGGCUAUCUUGAUUGUCCUAUACAUGCUGUGUGGGGCAGCUGUCUUCUCCGCGAUCGAGAGAGCUAAUGAGUGCAGGGGAAAGGAAUUGUGGAGGGAGAAGUUACUAAACUUUAGCCUGACUCACAAUCUGAGCCUUGAUGUGCUUGGAGAUUUUCUCCGGAAUUAUGAGGAGGCCCAGUCUGCUGGAAUCCGAAUCGAUGACACCCGGCCCCGGUGGGACUUUACUGGUGCUUUCUAUUUUGUAGGCACUGUGGUUUCCACUAUAGGUUUUGGGAUGACUGCACCAGCCACCGUGGAAGGCAAAGUUUUUCUGAUAAUCUACGGUCUCAUUGGCUGCUCGGGAACGAUCCUGUUCUUCAACCUCUUCUUGGAGCGCUUGAUUACGGUCAUCACCUUCUUCAUGAGGUUAUUCCAGGAGACGCAGAUCAGAAAGAGGGAACUGCUGCCGCCCGACAAGCUGAGGACCUCGGGCAUCUCGGAGGCGGAGAACACGGGGCCCUGGAAGCCCUCGGUGUACUACGUCAUGCUGAUCCUGUGCGUGGCCUCCCUCAUCAUCUCGUGCUGUGCCUCGGCCAUGUACACUCCCGUGGAGGGCUGGACCUACUUUGAUUCUUUUUAUUUCUGCUUCGUGGCCUUCAGCACCAUCGGCUUCGGGGACCUGGUCAGCAGCCAGAACGCCCAGUACCAAAGCCAAGAGCUCUACCGCUUCGGCAACUUCGUCUUCAUCCUGCUGGGCGUCUGCUGCAUUUACUCCCUGUUCAACGUGAUCUCCAUCCUCAUUAAGCAGUUUAUUAACUGGAUGGUGUGGGAGAUUGAAUUUUACUAUGUCCGGUGCCAGAGAAAAACUAUGCUCUUUCGGAGAAACGCAGUCACUCCCAGCAUUGUCCGGAACGGGCAGGAAAUCUCCAUUGAGACAGACGGCGUGAUUGAGAGUGAAAGCGACCAGCACCGCCUCCCGGGAGAGAUAACCUCCAUGAAGGACUUCAAGGGCUCGCUGGCCACGCCGCAGAAGCAGCUGUCCGACACGGCCAACGGAGGGCCCCGAAAGCCCCCCGGCACGGUCCUGCACACGGGAUUUUCGGGCGGGGUGGGAGCCCUGGGAAUCAUGAACAACAGGCUGGUGGAAACGAGUGGGAAGAGAUAGAGAGGCUGGAAGCCAAGGAGAGGGCCAAGGACCCGAAGAGUCCUUGUCCUCCCCGGGGCCAAGUAGACAGAGAAGGACUGUCUGCCCUCAGAGGCCUUGGCAACAGCUCCCUCACCUCGGUUCCAGUUUUACAUCAUCCACCUUGGCCCUCAGCAGAACUUUAUUCCCUCAAGUAACUGCCUCCUAAGGGACUGUGUUGAAUGAUAUAACAUCCUAUUUCUGUUGUCCUUCCCCCCUCCCCCCUUAUAUAUCUAUAUUCCUUAAAUCUGAGACCAGCUCUAAAAAAUAAUCACAGAGAAGAUUAAACUUUCUUCUUCUGGGUCAGCUAAUGCCUUAAAAUUGCCUUAUAUUUGUACAGUGCUUUACACUUUGCAAAGUGAGUUUCUAUUUACAGUAUCCCAUUUCAGCCUCACAAAUGGGUAGGUCUUGGAGAUGUGCAGGGCCAGUAUUACCAUCCCCACUUUUUAAAAAAACAGACCAAACUCACACAGCUGUAAUAAGAAGCAGAGAUGAAACUACCACUGUGACCCCAGGUUAGCUUUUCUGUGGAAUAUUCUGUGGAGUAUCAUACAGAAAUGGGCCAGUUGGGGGCAGUGGGGGGGAGGGGAAUGAGGAAAGGGAUGGGAAAGUUGUAUAUUUUAAGGCUUAAUUUCUGCUGUUUGUAUCCUUCAAAUGGAAAGACGAUUUUUAUUCUUGCUUUGCAACUUAAGAGUUGCUGACCCGUUAACGAAUGUUAAAACUAUCUCCAUUCUACAUCUUCUUUAUUAGCUCACUGGUUAAUCUCCAGCUCUUCUUCCCUCCUUCCUCAGUCUUAUCUGAACUAUAUAAUUCAUACUCUUUUUUGAAAGGGAAUUGUUGCUGCUUAGAACUAGAAGCUGACAGAGCAGCAUUUCCAAGUCUAGGAAAAAGAAAAAAAAAACACAUUUAUUUUGUAUAGUUGGGUUUUGCUGUUUUGGUUUAUUUAAUUGUGUUUUCUCCUAUAGGUUUGCUAGCCAACUAAGUGAGAAUUGAGGAGGCAGGCACAUUCCAUGUCAGGCUUUUAAAUUGAAAUGAAAAAAAAAAAAAAAAAAAAACACUUCUCUGUUUCAGCUUGACUGCCUCCUUCCUGUCUCACACAGCUCCAGUCCUUCUAUUACAAAGACUGGGGAUUGAUUAGAAUUCAUGCUGAAAGAAUCCAUUUUACUUAGUAAAAUCAACUGAGCACAUGUUAGGGAUGCAAAGAGAAAACCUGGAUGAGAAAGAGAGAGCAACUCAUUGUAGGCAGAUAAAUAAGCUGAGGUGACAUUCACCUGAUGUCUUUAAAAGCCAUUCAACAUCAUGUCUAAGUAUUUGCAGGAAGGACUCCUGUAAGAUAAAUAAAGGAAAUGAGCUAGGCCAGUUCUCAUGCUUUUCAUGCUUUGGUCUCUAUACAUCAUCUCAGAGCUGUUUCUCUACGUUGCCAGAAAUGAGAAAAAAAUUCCAAAGAACCUCUUUCUUCAAUUUUUCCUUUUUUUAAUAUUAAAACCACCUCAUUUCUAGAUAGGGUUUGCAAGCCUAAGGAAAGGAAAGGAAGGGGAAAGAAAGGGGAAAAGGGGAGGGAGGAAGCAAGAAAGGAAAGAAAAAAAGAAGGGAGGAAGCAAUGAAGGAAGGAGAAAGACAGUGAAAAAGAGGGAGGAAGAGGAGACAGAGAAAGAAAGGGGGGUGAAGAAGGAAGAGAAGAAGGAAGGUAAUAAGGAAAGAAGGAAAAGAGGUAAUAAAGGAAGAUGGAAGUAAAAAAGGAAACGAGAAAGGGAAGAAAAGAAGGAAGGAAGCAAAGAAGGAACAAAAGAGAAAAAAAGAUGGAGAGAGGAAAGAAAGGGAAGGGAGGGAGGGAGAGAGAAAGGGAAGAGAGAAGGGAGGGAAAGAGAAAGAGGGAUUGGGAGCAAGAGAAAGAAGAAAGAAAGAAAAUUUUAUAAUUUAGUAUGUCUCUUUCACAACUGCUUUCAUAAGACAUAUAUCUUAACUUUUAAGAUCUCUCAUAGGAAGAUCUGUUAUUACUCUUGGCUCUGAAAGAAAUCACAUGGUGCCAUUGCCUUAAAAAAAAAAACUUAGAAAUUCCCAUAUUGCUUCUUUUAAAAAUAAAAUGUGUUUGGGGGAAAGGGAAGGCAGAUCUAUAAUUCCUUUGGUAUGGGGAGCACCAAAUGUAGAAACUCUUUCCUACUGCAGUUCUGUACCUUCUCAGCAACAUCAGAGGCUCAAAAAGUUACUGGAGGCAUGGCAGUAUGUACUAGAGGUAGGACUCAAAUCCAGAUUUUUUUGGGUCUUGACUCCAGACUCUGGGACCAGCUCUCUCUUCAUUUUUCCAUGCUGCCUCUUUUCCAUGCUGCCUCUUUCCCAUCCUGCCUCUUAAUAGUCAUUUGCCAAAGCCUGAUCAUGACAAAGCUUAGUAGAUUAUUAUUGUUUCAGUGGUCUGAAUUGUAUAGCUUUUCUUUAGUUCUUUGACAUCAGUCUGUGGUUCUAAUGCAGACUAAGCCCCGUCUUCCUGUCUUCCUUCCUUCUUUCCUUUCUUUUUUAGAAGCAAUUGUCUGAGGCUGAAUUUGAAUCAGGUCCUCCUGAUUUCAGAGUUGGUGCUCUAUCCAUUGUGUCAUUUAGUCUCUUCUAGACCAAGAAGCUUUCACAAAUAUAUUUCAUUGUUCAUUAGUGGAAGGUAUGAAAGAAUGAAUGAUUCUAUGUAUAUCCAACCCACCCAACUGUAAAACAGUUUAAAACACCUGCUCCCAUAGCAGAUCUCUAUCCAUUAUCAUGAAAAAGAGGGAGAACCUUUUCCAGGGAGGUAAAAAAAAGUAAUUGAGGUCAGGGACAAAUUUCAUUUUCCUUUUGGGAAAUACCUUUGGGGUAUUUGUUCUUUUGGACCAGAUCUGUAAUUCCCCUGGUAGAAACUAGCAAACUCCCAGUGAACAGAUACCUGCUAGCCCUGCAGCUACUAGCCUUGGGGUAACAAGGUUAAUGGACACACCAAGGGUCAUGCAGCCAGUAAGGGUAACUCAGGGCUUCCUAACCAUUAAAUCCACAUUGCCUCUUAAUGACCUUUUUCAACAUUUAAGAUCUAUUAUACCUUAUAUGGCUGUUAUACCCUCCAAAAUGGAAGCACAAGAGGGAAAGAUGGGAAAUAAGAUAAAUGAGAAAACUUUCAUGGAAAAUAAAAUCAUUUAAAAAAAAAAAAUCUGAUAGAUUGUUGCAAGGCAGCUAGAACACUGAGCAUGGAACCAGAAAGAACUGAAUUCAAAUGUAGCCUUAGCUGCUUACAAGCUGUGUGACCAUGGGCAAGACAUUUAUUUUUUCCUAUAAAACCAUAUUUUAUUUUUUGCUUUAUUCUCCUCUGUAUGAUGAGCUGGAGAAGGAAAUGGCAAACUACUCUAGUGUCUGUUAAGAAAAUCCCAAACGGGAUCACAGAGUCUUAUGCAACUGAAGCCAUAGGUAUACAAAGAUACAAAAGGGAAAACAAACAUUUGUUGAAAUGAGUUGAACUGAUAUUCUUAGAACAGAAACCUUGCAUAGGUUCCCCCCUGUAUUAUUUAAGAGAAUCUCGCCUUAAAUAUAAAGUUUGAAUGUGUGUCCUUUGUUGUAAUUCUAAUUAAGGUUUCUGCAAUCAUCUGUGAGCACAUCUGAACCCAGAAUGCUAACAUUAGAAAAGACCUUGAAGGUCCCAUAGCUUUCACUUUAUGGAGUGAUUAUGCAAAAUCACUUUUGCAGCUGUUUGGAGAAUAGAUCAAAAUUGGAUGAUUUUAAGAUCAUCCUUAGCACAAUGGUGCUUGAAGCUUUAACCUUGAGGCUUUAACCCCCUCUCCCAGGGCUGGGCUAUAGCUAUCACACCAUGCUGCCUUCCCCAUCAGACAGGAAGGCCCUUCCAGACUCCUGCUUCCCUCGUAAAGUGACCCACUCUGUCCUGGGCAAUCUCUUUGCCCUUGCCUUAAUGGAAGUCUCUUUUUCCUUGGACUUGUGCCUGCUUCUCCCUCCUCACUAAGGCAGUGUAUCUCAAUGGAACCAGAGACAUUUUGGGUUUUCAUUAAUUGGCAAGUAUUAAGUGACUACUUCGUAUCUGGCACAUAUGUUUGCAUAUUGUUUGAGAGCAUAAGACUUGAGAGAGAUAAAUUGGACCAAAAGUUAUGUAUUUUUAAAAAUGCAUCAUAAAUAUUGCUCUUUAUCCUCAACAGCUUACAGCUUCUUUGGGCAGAGAACAAUCAAAGAACAAGAUGGUUAAACUGCUAUUCCAGGCUUUGAUGUGUCUUUAAGUGAUAACUGGGCAUUGAUAGAACCCUACCAGUAGGUUAUGGAUAACAAAAAUACAAAAAAAAAAAAAAAAUAGAUACCAAAAAUAUAGAGACUAAUUUUUGUUGGAGAAUUGAAUUGAACUGAUGUCCUUGGAUCAGAAACCUUGCAAUUGUUUCCAGGAUGUUAUUUUAGAAAUAUUAUUAUUAUUAGAAAUAAUAUUGAAUAUGUAUAGAAGAAUUGCACAUGUUUAACAUAUAUCGGAUAACUUGUCUUUAAGGGGAGGGAGUUGGGGGAAGGGAGGGAAAACAUUUGGAACAUAAGGUUUUGCAAAAGUGAAUGUUGAAAAUUAUCCAUGCAUAUAUUUUGAAAAUUAAAAAGCUUUAAUUAAAAAAAGAAAUAUUAUUUUAGAAAUAAUGCCCAAUAAACAAAUACAAGAGAAUUUUGCUUGAAGUAUGUGUCUUUCAUACUGAUUCUAAAGAAGGUUUCUACAAUCAAUCAAAGUCAUUUACAAACACCUUCUUAUACCAGGUACUCUACUGAGCUCUGGUAAUAUAAAAUACAAAAGUAAAUCAAAUUUUGUUUUCAAGGAAUUUGCAUUCUUUCAAAGGAGACAAUAUCUAUGCAAUUGAGUGUAUACAAAAUAGAGAUGAGUAGGAGUGUCUUCCAGCAAAGGUCCUGAGAUGAGUCGUAGAGUGCCUAGGGUAGGGAAUUGUAGAAAGGCUCGACUUCAGAGUAUGGGGAAAGGAGUAACAUGUAAUCUGGAAAGACAAUCUGCAGCAGAUUUUGAAAGAAUCUGGAAACCAAACAGAGUUUAUAUUUGAUAAUAGAGAGCCAUUGGAGUUUAUUGAUAGUAGAGUCACAUGGAUAGACUUGCACUUUGAGAAAAAUCACUUUUGCAGCUGUUUGGAGAAUAGAUCAAAAUUAGAAGAGAGUUUUGCAAGGUAAUAUUUAUGCUUUGGUCUAUCCUAUUACUACCUAGACUAAAGCCUCCCAAUUUUUCUGUAUUCUUGCCCCUAGGGUUUAGUGUCACCUAAUCAUCCUGUGGUGGUAGGAAAAAAAAAAGUGCUGAAUCAAAUUCAGAAAAAGAGGCAUUCGAAGUUCUGAUACUUGCUAGUUCUGUGAUCAUAGAAAUCUCUUUACCUCUGUUUCUUCUUCGGCACAACUGGUUUAUAGUGCUUCCUCACAACUGCAAAUCAGCUUUGUAAACCUGAGAACAUUCUAGAAAAGUCAUCAUUUUAAAAUUAGUUUUCACUUCUCUUAGAAUGCUAUCCUUUAAUUGCCUAUUUGACUACUUUCUUCUUGAACUGCUGAUACUCAUCUUCUCCAAAAUCACAUUUAAUACUGGACACAAUUUAUGAUUUGUGAAAAACCGUCCUGAGACAAGAGUGAUUUUUGAGCUACUGUGAAUAAUAUCCCCUGGAAGAAGGAUGCCAAGGCAAUAAGUAAAUUUAUUGACUUAAAUUUUAGUGUAUACCUACCUAUAGUCUUUCCUAUGUUGUUUAAGUCUUAUAGAUAAUUGGACUGAACAUAACUUCUGUCAUCUGUUGGAAGCAUGAUAUAAACAUUCCUGGGUGGGGCAUAUUUUUUUCUCUUUUAGGGGGAUGUUUGUCACAAAUACUUUUUUAUAGUUAAGCAAGUGGAAGAUUUGUCAUGGGACACCUGAAAAUAGUAUAGCAUGCAGUUUAUUAAAUAGCAUUAGUCAUAGUGAAAUUUUUGCAUUCCACAAUUCCUCUCCCUUUACCACCCCAAAAAAAGCAUUUAUUAAGGUAAACAUUUUGCUCAGCUCUUGGGAUAAAAUAACAAAGCACAUAGCCAUUCCUAUUUCUCCCAAGGAAGAGAUGUCUGGGAUUCAGGCAAAUAUCCCACAGCAGGUGCCCUUUUUUUUUUUUUUUUAAUCUAAACACAGGUCAUAGAAUGUUAGAGGUUGCAGGGCCAUAUAGUCAUAGUAUGUCAGAAUCACGAAAUAGUGAGGUAGCUUUUCAUUUUCUCAGCCAUUGUUAUCAUUCCAUCUACUCUGAGAGGUGGCCCAAUCACUUUUUUAAUCUCCCAUUUGUCUUCAACAUAAUUUAGGUCUCAAUUCCCUCUUUGGUACCACUGACCUGUUUUCAUAAUCAUUUUUCAUUACCUACUUCCAUCUUCUUUUAAAAUUUUUUUCAAGUCUUUUAAAAAUCUAAGUUGAUGGAUGAUCUUCUGGUACAUUCAUGCUGUCUCUUUAGAUGUCUCCCCCUUUUCUUCCUCUUCAGAGUCAUCUGUGUUUGUUUAGUUGGAAUUUCACUCUUCAGAGAUUCUCACAUCUCUUAGGUCACUUUCUCCCUGAGAACUUUAGACCAAGGGAGCCAAUAUAUAUGUCCUCUGAUCUCUAAAAUCUACUCUCCCCAAACCUAGGUUUUGUCAGACUAUGCUUGGAUUUCUUCCCCUUUUCUAUCACAAAUUCAAACCUGAAGUGGUCACUUCCUCCUAAGGUUCCCAACAGAAAUUUACUUUUCCUUAUUCUGAUAAAUAUUUAUCAGAAUCAGAACUAAAACAAGAGCUCCCUUCAUCAAUUCUGCCAUCUUUUGAAGCAUGGUUUAUCAUUGAGUCAAAUCAAGAAUUUGUUAACUCUUUUGCUUUAGCAAAGGCACAGAUCGUUGAAGUCUUCCAUAGUUUUGUGUUACAUUUAUGAACUAUUUACUUAAACUCCUUAUGUAUUUCCUCCCUCUGUCCAAGAGGUCUGUAGUAUGUCCUAGAAGAGUAUUCAUUCAUUUUAUAUUUUCAAUCAUCCAUAUAUAUAUAUAUAUUUCCUCAUCUUCUCAUUUCUGGAUUUCCUCAUAUUAAUAGGUUUUCUCAAUACAUGGUGUUACUUCAUUGCCUUUCUACAUGUAGAUAAUAAUAAUAAUAGCCUACAUGUAUAUAGUGUUUUGUAUAAGUAAUUUCAUUUAAUCCUUAUACCACCACCAAGAAACAGGUACUAGAAGUAUUAUGAUUCCCAUUUUAUGAAUGGGUUGCAUAAAGCAGCUUGUGAGUUCUCCCAGUAUUCUUCCACUAUCAAGAGGAAACAAGAAGUAUUCCAGUAUGAUGGGUGGACCCUCUAAACACCCAGAAGGGAUUUAAACUGUCAGAGGAAAAAGAGAUUUAAAUUUUCAGAGAAAAAAAUCAGAAGUGUAAGUUAUGGGAGAAUAUGGACAAUAGUCACAUAAAAUUUAUAGGUAUGAAUGCACUGAAAUCACAGGAAGGAAGAACCACAUCUAUGAGAUCAUGAAUUCAUUUAAGUAUUUCAGUUUUAUAUAUGGGAAAACGGGAUUAGAGAAGUUGUGUGACAUAGCCAGGGUGAAUUAGUAAGUGCUGAAGGAGAGGUUCAAAUCCUGGUUUUUUCAAACUCCAACUUCUAGCCUCAUUUCAGAAGUGGUUUCCAUAAUUCUAACAACUCAAGGAUGGUAAGAAUCAGUGAGCAUCACUAAACUUUGGCAUUUUACUGGGACCAGAUUGUCACAGUCUCCCAAAUAGGGGGUGCUGUGGGAGCCUCAUUAUUACACCCCAACUUUUGACUUCCAAUUUUGAAUUCCAAGGAUUAAGUGUCGAAAUUCAUGACAUCGUAUGCCAUUUACAGCCUUGUUUGAAGUAGUCAGGAAAUUAAAAUGACCUAGCCUUCUGAAAUCCACACAUCUAGUCAUUAUUUGAGCUUGUUUCCAAUAUUAAUUCCUUUUUGAAGCCUUUCUGGGCCCCUGCCUCCCAUCCCCAGGGUUGUAAUGGUCUUUUCCCUGCCCCAGACCUCACACAGCAUUUUUCCUCUUGUACACUUAAAAGGCUAGUUUUGUACUAUAAUUAUAGCAAUUUGUCUAUGUAUCCCUUCUAGAGUGUAAGCUCCCUGUGGGCAGAGAUUGUCUAAUAUUUGUAUUUCCUGCCUCCCCCUCCCUUCCACACCUAGCACAGUCCUUCUAAAAGUAUUGGAUGAAUGAAUAAUGUCUGUCAGCCCCCUCUACUUGCAUUCCUUGUAACUUAACCAGUUCCUCUGAGGGGAUGAUUUUGUUUUUGUCUUUGUAUGCCCAGAGUCUAACCUGAAAAUUAAUAAACUAUGUUAAACUGAA